AACCCGCCGCCAUAAGCCAAAUCAUAACUCUCUAAACAGCGUCGUUCGUUCAUCUGCGACUCUCUGGUUUGUUCCUUUCUCUCUGAAACCCAAACCCUAACCCUAACCUCCACCGUCUGGAAGCCUCUCCAAUGGCGUACCAGACCCCUGAUCGAGAUUCAGAAUCGGAUCCGAAGACACCAACGCGUCUCUAUAAUCCUUACAAGGACCUUGAAGUCCCCAUUCGCAACCUCUACCAGCUCCCAACCUCCCCCGAGUAUCUCUUCGUCGAGGAGGCUCGCCGCAAGCGUCGAUCCUGGGGCGAGAACCUCACCUUCUACACAGGAUGUGGCUACCUCGCCGGCGCCGUCGGCGGUGCCGCCUCCGGCCUCGUCGAAGGCGUAAAGUCCUUUGAGUCCGGUGACACCGCCAAGCUUCGCAUCAACCGCGUCCUCAACUCCUCCGGUCAUGCCGGGCGAUCCUGGGGCAACCGCCUCGGCGUCAUUGGCCUGCUAUACGCCGGCAUCGAGAGUGGGAUCGAGGCGGCGAGGGACACCGACGACGUCUGGAACAGUGUCGCGGCGGGACUCGGCACUGGCGCGUUGUAUCGUGCCGCGAGAGGGGUGCGGUCUGCGGCGGUGGCGGGGGCCGUUGGCGGCGUCGUGGUUGGAGUUGCUGUCACCGCGAAGCAGGCAUUGAAACGCUACGUGCCUAUAUGAGAACGACACAUUUUGUGAGCACUUAAUUUUUCUUCUUCCUUUAUUGGGGUUACUAUCAAUUUUGAGCGAUUGUUGGGGGUAUAAGCAUUGUUAUACCAGCAUGUGGCAGUUUUAGCCGUUGCAAACAAUUGGUUUUACCGUUAUGCAUAUUUUUUUCAGCUUGAUAAUAGCUAACCUUUCUAAUGUAAUUUGUCGAAUCAUCAUGCAUGAAUAAUUGGGACGGCUUUAAUGCUGGAUAUAUAGUAUCAAAAUAUCGUUCCUCUGUCA